GGACUUCAUUGGACCUCUUAUCACCUCAUGAGCAGCAAGGACAUUUAUAUGAAAGCUUGAAUUAAAAGAUCUGUGCAUCAGACCAAAAGAUGGAGUUCUGGCCAGAGAAUCAGACACAGUCGCCUUUAUACUCCAAAUUUGGAACCGUUUCUGGGAGAAAUUGUUCACAUAGUCCCCACGACAGACAUCAGGUUCCCCAUUAUCCACUGUACCACGGUGAUCAGCAGGAACAGAACAGGGAGUCCAGCUACUGGACUGUACCAGGAUCAAGAACAGGAGGGGCUCCACAGGAGUACACUCAAUGGACCGACCAAGAUCUGAUAGCUGCUACAUCUUCUCACUUCCCUUUUAUUCUUGAGCGUCACACUCAGCAGCACCAGGACCAGGGAGACCAUCAGCCACAGGAAGCCAGAGACAGAGAGUGGACAGCAGCUCAACGAUCAUCGAGGGAAUAUGAGAGAGGAUUUCUGAGGGAAGGGUGGCAUAGAAGGUGGGAGCCCUGUGGUCCUGUCCGCUACAACAGGGAAGUUUCUGCAAAGAGGAGCGACAGCAGCUAUCGGGAGCUGGAAGCUUGGGCAGCUCGAUACAGCCAUUCACUUCCAAGGAGGAGACGUAUAGAGGCAGAGUUGAGAGGCGCCUCUCAGGGGCUGCCUGAGAGCAACAGGGCUCCUGGGAGGGACAGCAGGAGUGGGACAGAUCCUCGUUUGGAAGCGCUGCAACAAGUCAGACAAUCUGCAAACAUCAGAGAAUCAGGACUAUGGGACAGAGGAGGCAGACAACAAGCUCCAAACUAUUAUACAUUACAGACAUCUGCCAGCGACAAAGGCAACAUGUUAGACAUGAAAGAAAAGAUUGGCUACCAACAGAGGGUGUUCAGCCAACCUCCUGGCUACAUUGCUCCUCCUCCCUAUGACAGCCCACAUAAAGGUUCACCUGUGUUGAACCAGUAUGAUACGAGCUGGGAGCAGGAAGGUAAGAGACAAACUUACUUGUCACAGCCUAAACUCAGAAAGCAGGAUGUCUCUGUAGAUUUGCAAUCACACAGAAAAGGUGAGAAAGAGCAGUUUAUAAAACAAGUUGGGAUCCUAAAAAGCUUUUCAGAGCUUGAAGGACUGAAGCACAAACACAAGGAGACGAGAAGUCUUUUUAGUGUGCAGGAAACACACAUGCAAAAUGAGGGUAUGUUGUCUCUGCAACAGCCACAAGUGUUACAAGCAGUUGAGAAUAAAAAGAUUAACGAGGAGUCAUACUCAAAAGUCAUUGAAGGAAGAAAGUUUAGAUUAAACAAAAAGACAGGUGGGUUGACCAUAUUUUGCCUGGUGUCAAGAAUAGCAGGCACCACAGAAACCCCUUCUUUGCCACUCUGUACCUUGCAAACAAACAACGAAAACACAGAAUUGAGAAGUGUUUCAAAAGGUCUAUGGGACAAUAGUGACUUUAACCAAAAACACAAACUUGCUGAUGAGGUAGACUUCAGAGCGACAACACUCACAGAGCAGUCAAAUACCUCUGAUGCUACAUAUGUCAAGAGGGACUCGCCAACCUGUUUAGAAAGUGAGAUGUUUGACGAUACGAUAGCUAAGACAGAUCUUUUUCCAGCAGAGGCGCAUACAAAUAGUGCUGAUUCUGCUUAUGGGAGACAAGUUGCUCAGUCAAUGCAGCCUGUGUCAGUAAAAUAUCCUUUGUGGAGGGAGCCUAGUAUCUCAAGCAGGACUGAAACUGAGAGUUCAUCUACAUGUUUUAAGGCAGACAGUGAAGACGGAGAAUCAGAUGUGGAACACCAAGGGGAGUCUGGUAAAGGCCAUGUAACUGAGGUUGAAGUAAGGACACUUGACAUCAAGACAGACCCACAAUCUGAGGACAGUAAUGAUCCACUGCUUAACGACAAAACCUGUGUUUGUGUUCAAAUGGAGCAGAUUCCCACUCCCAAGAAAGAACAUGUUCUGUAUUUACACAACCAGCACAGUCCACUUCAAUCAACUAUCCCUCCUGAAUGUUUUGAAUCAAACAGUCAGAUGGAUAAGGAUGACCUCAACACGGAACCGAAGCCUUUCCAUAUUAAUGACAUGUACAGGAACGAACUAGACUCUAAUCCUAUGGAGAAAAAGGCACCCAGCGAAGAAAAUCAAAUCUCUUCCCUCUGCAGGUCCUUAUCAUCAGUUUCUGGAAAGGAGACGUUGGAGGAGCGUGCUGAAAGGAUCUUAGGAAUCCCUUUUCUUGACUGUAUUACUAUGCAGCAACCUGAAGAAGCAUCAUCAUUUCUUGGCUUUUGUGUGGAGGACCCAGAGGUUAAACCUUUUAAUAUUGAUGAACGAAUCCCAGAUGACCAAAGGAAAGAGGAACAGAAUGAGUUGGAGGCUGUCAAAUCUGUGGGUGCCUCGUGUUUGCAAGAGAAUGAUGUUGGCAAUGAUCUGGCGGAAAAUGAAGAUGGUAGGGAUUGUGCAGGACUUCAGGAUCAGGUGUCUAAUACGUCUCAAGCGAACAACAUUGACUCGCAGCUCGAAAGUGACAUCAAACCUUUAUCUGCAACUGAAAUGACAGAGAAUGCCCUUAAACCCGUGACAACUGAGAAGGAAGAACAGGAUACCUCUUCCCAUCAUUCCUCUCAGUUUCUCAGUCCACCCAACGACCUCUCUAAUUCUUCUUUGUGUUCACCCUUCCCAGACCUUGAGGCACCAAGCCCUGAUCUACCUCUCAUGCUCUCAUCCUCUGACCCUACACAUCUUUUGCAUAUCUCAAAAUCAGAAAUGGAAGAUAGUCCUGAUCCUGAGUUGAUUACCCUCAAAUCCGCAGGAAGUCCUGGCUCUGAAAACUCUUCUCUGCCUCACGACCCAUCACCUCUAUCUAGUGCAUCGACUGACUUUUCCCCAAGCCCUUCUCCUCUUGAUUUUAUAUAUCAAAUUGCUGAAGCAGUGUCCGCUGUAGGGAUACGGGAUGAAGAGGGUAAAACGUCACAGCAAAUAAACAAUGUGAUCAGUGACACCUUUGAGGACGUGGUAAAAGAAAUUACAGAAGAGAUAGUGUCACAACAAGUUGAAAGUGCCCAAACAGAUGAUGCUACUUCUGUCCAAGAGAGCGAUGUCACGGAUGAACAACAAACAAAAGAAGCAGAUAAGAGUCCUACGGACAACAUCAUGGAACAAGCAGUUGUGCCAUCCAAAGAAAAUGCCAAAGAGGUCGACAUUUUGGAGGAACGACUUGAAUGUUUAGAAGUAGAGGAUGGUGUUUGUGUUAAAGAGACGUGUUCGACUGAAGAGCAGCUAUCACCAGAAGAAGUCCAUGAGGAACCUACAGGUUGUUUGGAUCAGUCAAUAUCUCAAGAACAUGAUACUGACAGUGAAACACUUACAGAGGCUUUGCAGCAGCAAUUUGAUAAUGGCCAAGAAAAGGAUUCUUAUAUACAAGAGAGUGACAUGACUGAGGAGCAAUCACACAUUGAAGCAGAUGAGGACCCAGCUGUUCAGGAACAGACCCAAUCCACAGAAAAUGAUGCUCAAUCUGAAAUAGAGAUCAAAAUCUUGCAGGAUAUUCAACCACACUCUGAAACCUUUAAAUCUUCUCCUCCCUCACCUUCAGACUCAGACUGUGAAGGGUCUCAAUCAGCUUCAGAUGUGCUAUCACCACCAGAGCAUUGUCCUACACCAAACAUAUCGAACAAGACAGACAUAGAGUUUGAUUCUCUUUUGGAAAUGGAUUCAGUCUGUCCCUCCGCUCUCAAUCCUGAUGCUGGUACCGCUGCUGGCAUUCAAGAAAUGGUCCAUCCUACUCUUCAUCAGGACUCUUGUGAAGAACCAAUUGAGUUCUCAUCUUCAUCUUGCACUGACUCACCCUUACUCCUUCUUUCCAGCUCUUCAACUCUUCUUCCGCAAGAAGACAGUGUAAGUUAUGACCCUGACUUAACACUCAAAGAAGAACCUGAGUAUCCAAUGUCUCUGUGGGAUGCGGUAAAUCGUAUAAGGAAACACACAGCACCUGACUCUGAGAAUGAGGAGGAGGAAGUAAGUGAGUUGUGGGAUCCAGAGAAUGGCGGGGAGGACUUGGGUUUACCAGACAUAGUAGUGGGCAUCAAAUCAUCAAAGAGGAAAGUCUUUGAUGGCUUCAAUGUCUUAACAGCAGGAAGUGGUGAGGACAAAGAGGAGGAACAAAUCAAGAAGGAUCCAUGUCAUGAAGAGCCAAGCGCAUAUGCUGAAGAAGACACACUGUCCUGCAGCAGCCACGGCUCUGGGGACACCGUCAUUGAAGCAGAAGAAGACGAGGUCGAGGAAAUGCCUAAUGAUGAUGGGACAGAAAGCAAGACAGGUGAGGACGAUCGGAUGGCUGAGGAAGAGCAAUGCAGCUCUGUUGAAGUAGAAGGUGCAGCUAAGGAAAAGUACCCAGUUGAGGAGGAGUAUAUAACAAGCAGGGCUGUGGAAAUGGCACAAACAGGGCCAGAAGAAAAUGAAAAAGUUGUUUUAAUGACAUCAGAGGUUUCAGAUGAAGCGAUCGUUGAAAGUGAGCCUGUAAAAGAAAUUUGAUAAACAAGGAACUUUAAGUCUGUGAUAUUUAUCCAAUAAUAUUAUUUGAUUGUGCCUGAAGCAAUUAAGCAGAUAUUUACUUUAUAUUUUAUUUUCGGCUAAACCUGUUUGAGCUAGUAUUGAUGCAAUUACUAUCGUCAUAGCAUUGUAGGAAUUUGACAUUAGUGAGACCGGAUCAGAUCCCAUAGUAAAGCUUAAUUGUAUGUGGUACAGUAGUUCUGGAGGUUUCACUGUUGUUUAUCUGAUUUCAAAAUCUAGACAUUUUUUCUGUUUGAUCUGAAGUUAUGUCAAACACCAAAAUUAGAAUAUAGUGGUUUAAUUGUUGAGUGUUUAUGGAAUCAUAAUAAGAUUAUCAUGAUUUCAUAAGGCGGGGCGGGUCUUUUUCCGAACUUUGACUAAGGGGAAAAGAAGAGUUUGAAAAUCCCUGCUCCACCGCGUGUAUAUUUCAUUUUACAUGUAUGAUGACAAUAAAUGCUUCUAAUCUUUAAGUUAGAUAUAUAGGUGAGAAAUUAUCAAAGUGGAAGUAAAAUAAUAUUUAAUGAUUUGAAGUGAUUUAAUGGUGUGGUGAUGUUUCAGCCAUUGUUCUGUAUUAUAAGUAUAUAAACAAUAGAGUGCAUUAACACAAUUCUGUAAAAAGUCAAUCUUGUCUUGUGGUGAGUGAUUUGCUGGUGUCCAAGGUUAAGAAUGAACUGUAAACCUGUGACGAAUGGACAAACGUAUAAUAUAUUUACGCUGAUUAAAGACAAAACAGAUGCAGAGAUCUUACAAAGUUUAUAUAUAAAAAGUUAUCAGUAUAUCAGAAGGAUGUUCACAAUACAGAAUGUUCAGAUUUUUUCAAACAUUGAAAAUACAUUAUACCAAAUAUACUUUUACUCUACAUCUACAGUACAGCAUGAAGACUUUCCAACUGUGAUCUUUAUCAUUUGGACUCAACUACCAGAUUGUGGACGACAGCACACUCUGGUGAUGUUACACUGGAGUUUUACUAGACAAGAGCAAUUAACUUUACUAUUGGUGCUCGAAAGUAAAAAAAAAACAAAAACACUUUAAAUAUUGUGAUUAAAAGGUGGUUGCAACUGGUUUGCAACUCCUAAAUCUAUAAACUAUUCUAAACUAAUUUUAUACUUUUAGUGUUGGUAUAAAGAUAUGUUCUGCUCUGGAUCAGAAGGGCAGCAAGUUGGGAAAGUAAAACAAAUAAACCCUGUAAACAUUAGGCCAUACAUUUCAGCCAUUUUACUAGUCAAUAUUUUGGAGUCAGACAAAUAUGAACUCUAUAGCAAGGGGCCUAAAUAGGAUUAAUAUUUCAAGAGUGUUGACAUGAAUUGGUUCGGCUAUAAAGGCACAUUUUGUUAUUUGGACAAUAGUAAAACUAAUUCUCCUCAAAUUGCACAUAAAAAGUCAUUCCCGUGAUCUUGACAUUCAAUGAAUAAAGAAUAAACUGGAACUGUAAAAUGACUAGUUCAUUGUUGAGUGGGCAUAAAUGUAUCAAUUUCAAUUAAUAUAGAUUUAAGGACCAUUUGACCAAAUGUCCACCUGGGUGUAAUUAAAUUAUAAUGCUUAACAGUUCAUCCUGUAAGAAAUCAUGUAGCUAUAUGCACUCAGAAGUAUAACUUCAUUUUUGCAGUUUCACAGUUUCAAUUUUAUCUGAUGAAGAGCAUGUGGAGGCAAUUUUUACAUUUUUUUUUUAAUAUGAAACACAGACUAUACAAAAUUGUAAAAUAACUUACAGUAUAUAAAUAGGAGACAGGAUAGUCCAAAGAUACAAGGCAAAACAUGACAAAAUGGUCCUUAAAUUGUCAGAGAUCAUAGGAAUAACACUUUUAUUUUCAGGUGGAAUUUUAAGUAUAUUUCAUAGGAACUGCAUACACCUUCUGCCACUACCAAUAAUGUAAACCGGUGAUUAGAGACAACUGAAAACAUAACGGCAACCGACUUCUCCAUUUCAGAUAGAGAGCGAUGGCUGCCAUGGUGAGAUGAUAUCAAAGUUCGUCGUGGGGUAUUUCCAGAGCGUGAUCACAGAGGUCUGCAAUGCAAACAGGAUAUGAACAUAAUUAAAUAAAACACAACCACUACAGCAGAACAACCUGAGUGAUGUGCAAUAGACCCGUAAACCCCCA